UUAAGGUUUUCCUUCUUUCUUUGUUGUCUCUGAAGAUGUCUCCAAAUGCUACGAGUGAUGUGGAGACCCGAAAGAGGGCUUAUGUGACUUUCUUGGCAGGAAAUGGCGACUAUGUGAAGGGUGUGGUUGGGCUAGCCAAAGGCCUUAGGAAGGCCAAAUCUGCAUACCCUCUUGUGGUGGCUGUGCUGCCGGACGUGCCGGAGGACCACCGUGAGAUUCUCGACUCUCAGGGAUGCAUCGUCCAGGAGAUUGAGCCUGUUUAUCCCCCCGAGAACCAGACUCAGUUUGCCAUGGCUUACUAUGUCAUCAACUAUUCAAAGCUCCGUAUUUGGGAGUUCGUGGAGUAUGAGAAGAUGAUAUACUUGGACGGUGACAUUCAAGUGUUUGAGAACAUCGAUCACCUAUUCGACAACCCGGACGGCUACUUGUAUGCCGUGAUGGACUGCUUUUGCGAGCCUACAUGGAGUUCGUCUCCUCAAUUUAAGAUUUGGUAUUGCCAACAAUGUCCUGACAAGAUCCCAUGGCCCAUGGAGAUGGGCCCUCCCCCACCACUCUAUUUCAAUGCUGGAAUGUUUGUGUUUGAGCCCAAUCUCUUGACUUAUUUUGACCUCUUGGAGACUCUCAAAAUCAGCCCUACCACCUCUUUUGCUGAGCAGGACUAUUUGAACAAUUUCUUCAAGGACAUAUACAAGCCAAUUCCUAAUGUUUACAACCUUGUAAUGGCUAUGCUCUGGCGCCAUCCAGAGAACGUCGAACUUGACAAGGUCAAGGUGGUCCAUUAUUGUGCUGCGGGAUCAAAGCCGUGGAGGUACACAGGGGUAGAAGAGAACAUGGAGAGGGAAGACAUAAAGAUGCUUGUGAAGAAAUGGUGGGAUAUCUAUGAUGAUCACUCGUUGGACUACAAAAACUCCAUUAGUGCUGACCACACAAUUAAUCUUAAGCCACUCAUUGCAUCUCUCACUGAAGAAGAUGGUGUGGUUCACAAGAGGGGGGAUGUCCCUUCUGCAGCCUAAUUAACUACUAAACCAUGCAUGUUUUAAUAUAAGAUAUGUAUUAGGGCCUUUUUCUUUUAAUAUAUGUAAGCCCCCUAAACACACACACACACACACACACACACACACACACACACACACACAUAUAUAUCUCAUCUAUAUAUGUAUGAUCCUAGCUAGGAAUCAAGGACUAGUGAUCCACUUUCUAAUUAGUUUUUGCAAUUUA